UUGGAGCACCUCAUGCGCCGCCGGGGGGGGAGGGAGUGGGGUUCCCUGGAACAUAUUGUGCCCUGUGCGCAACCUGAUAUUAUCGGCUCCUGGUGAAUCAUUCAAGAAUGUCGGAUAUGCCUAUGGACGCCACUCCAUCCACUCGCUUUAUGAUGAGGACAAAUACCAUUGCAAAAGAUCAUUUGCGCUUGGAGAACAAUGCAUUUCGAGUUGGAUUACCGGUUCGACAUGGACAAUAUGUCCAGCCUCUGCAGUCAGCCAACGCCAUGUCCUUCCACCAAGACAGGCUUCUCUUCCGCCUCAUCAGCCCAUGAACCAUUCACCCUUACGCCUGAAUUUGGCAUUAUGGACUUUUGUAUCCCUUACAACUUUGUGUCUCACCAGGCAGAGUUGAACGCUCCCUUACCAGCAAUGGGCGAGCCCAUGUUUCACCCUGUCAAAAAUGAGCCUGAGCAAAUCUCAUUCCCCCACUCUCUCCCUAACGAUUCUAUGAAGCAAGAGCAACUUAGCUUCGAGUACGAGCAAAUGAUUGCGAUGGGCAUGACGCAUCAAGGAUCAAUGGGCUCAUUGACACCAUCAAACUCUUUUGGCAUGGAUGGUUACUCCCCUGAUGCCUCAGUCAGUACUGCCUCUUUCAUAAUUACAUCAACCCCAGGCCAAAAGAGUGCAGAGCUUCAGCAAGCUCAGAUCCGAUCACCAAAGAAGCGAUCUGCCAAGUCUAAGCCUGUUCAAAUUGAUGCUGCCCAAAGAGUGAAAUGCAAAUGUGACUAUUUUGGUUGUCACAAGGCUUUCAGGCGCAGUGAGCACCUCACGCGUCACAAAAAAAGUUCUCACGGCGAGGGACCCAACCGUUUCUCAUGCGAGUUCUGUGGAAAAGACCAAUUCAAUCGCCAAGAUAACCUCAAUAGCCAUCGCAAGUUGCACACGCGACGCAAUAACCGUGAACGCGGCGUUAUUUUCAUCCCGGACGCAGUCUCUAUCAUUGAGCAAGAGGAACGAAGUAGGAGGCGGCGAGCCCCUUCAAAUCUGAAUAUGGAAGGGAAACAUAAAAUCCAACCGGACCAGUUGCGCUCGAGGUAGUGUCACAUAGUGUCAACUCAUAGGGUCAGUAAAUGGAAGCACUGUACUCGCGUCUCUGGUGGCGCAUGGCUCAAAGAGGUAUGUCCCAAUGCAUACAGCGACGGUUGGGGAGCAACUUGAAGGUGCCAGCUAUCCGAUACCUAUAGCUUCAAGAAAGCGUGAGGUGGAGGUAUUGGCAGAGUAGCAAUUGGAUUAAAUGUAGCCGAUCCUGCGAAGACUUUUCAUACAUGUUGGUGUCAUAAAAGUGAACAAUGAGCUACGGCUGAAGCGAGAAAUGGUUUCGGAGGUAUCAUUCAUUAUAAUAGAUACGGAUAGAGGUCACUCCGUGUCUGUUUAAAAAGCUCAACAUGUAUUAUGCGUCUCAUGCACGG